AUGGUGACCAAGACCUCUACUUCUUCCAGUACACCUGCUGAUGCAAGCGUGUCGUCGGCUAGUGCGACGGCUACAGCUACGGCUUCGUCUAGUGUCGUAGCUACGACGCCGUCACCGGCCUCAAGCGACUGUCUGAAGUCGCCUACAGGGACGGCAACGUCGUCCAGUGUGAUUUCAUCUACGGACUCGACGUCUCCGUCCUCUACUCAGAGUUGCCUUAGGCGCUCCAAGUCAUCGACGCUGCCGUUGUCGGUCUUUACUGAAGACAAUGAUACUACGACUGUGAUGAAGCAAGUAGAGACGAGUGAAGAGAAGAAGAAGAAGGAGGAGGAAAAACCUGUCCAAACGAACCGUCGACGUUGCUGGGAGUGCAAGACAGCGGGGAAGCGGAAACUGAAGGAGGAGAAUCCUAUUGUUGUGCCUACAAAAGUUGCUCGGAUCAACUAA